AUGCAAGAUCUCAAGAAACUUCAGCACCUAGAGAGGCCGACAUGGGAAGAAGCUCUCGUGCACGCCAAAGCCAUCGGAGAGCCCAUCAUUCGCGCCGCGCGCCAGGCCCAAGGUCACUGCACCGACGAGGAUGAAGAACAAGGUGACGGAUGCAACGAAGCCCUUGAAUUCCUCAGAGAUGGCCCGGCAACAGAGAUCGGCUCUGGAAUCUAUAAGAAACUGAUCGAGCCCAUCCACGCGCAGGGAGUCGAAGAGCCAGAAGAAUGGAUCAUCCACCCUCCUAUCUCAAUCCAUGAUCCGCGCUACAAAGACGUAGACCCCGAUGUCAACUGGCACACAAAGCGACAAGGUACACCAAACUUUCUAUCCCAAUGGACCGCAUACGAUGAUUCCCUGAGAAUAUGGCCGCAACUCCUGCAUGGGAACCUCAAGCUCGCGACAGAAGUGAAUGAAAAAUACAACUACGCUCCGCAAUAUUUCCCCUCAACUGUCACUAAUCCCCCAAGCUACAUCCAGCACGAUUUCAACGCCAACUGGUACUUUACUCCCAAAAUAAAUUGGAAUCAAGAGGGCUACCAAGUCUGGUUCUGGCAAUGGCUUGUGAAGAUCCCCAUGCAAGCCAGAAUAAUCGAUAUUUAUCAUCUUCCAUUCUUCGACGGAACAUGCAGUCCAGAUGGCGGCUAUUCUCUCAUGAUACAGGAUAUCCAGCACCUCCCAACUCCUCGGGACAUGAGCGACGAACAGACCCGCCUUCACUGGCAUGAAACAUCAGCCUGUUACAUGUAUAACCUCGACAUGAAACUGAAGGGCCAGUCUUCCAAUCUCCAAAAUAAUCAACCAGUCAUAGACAGAACACCGAACGAUCUGCGGGAGGUUUUCCGCCAAAUGUCUAACCCAACACAUGCAAGCACCUAUUUCCGACCUGCCGAGAUCGAGGACAUUGACGGACUGAUCCCAAUAUUCAACUGGUACUCCAAGAACUCUACUUUAAGUCCUUUUUCAAAGAAUCUUGAAGGAUGUGAAAUCAAGGGUAUCCUCGAGGUCUGCCGUCAAGCCAAUAUCCCCUUUAUAGUUGCCGUCAUUGCAGAUGGCAAGAAGGGCAAAGAAGCAGAGGAGAAAACAGUUGGCUAUGCUUACAUCCAGGACGUCAGCGAUUUCACUACCGGACAGAACAUUGGCGAGCUCCAUAUUUUCGUUUCUCCCGAGGCUACUCGUAAGAGUAUUGGAUGGGGCCUUGUUCAUAUGAUUUUGUCCAUUAUCGACACUGCACACACUCGUGGUUGUCCCCGAUAUCAAUGGAAGCCUAUACUAGAGCUUCCAUAUUAUCAAGGAAGCAUGCGUCCCCUGCAUAAGCUAGUGUGUCUCCUGGCCUGCCCUCAACGUAAAAAAGAGCACUAUGCCUGGACCGCGGAGUGGCUAAAGCGAAGCUUUGGGUUCGAGGAGCAGGGCAUCCUGAAAGCAGCUCGCUUCAAAUUCAAUCAGAAUUUGGAUGUCCUCUACUUGUUCCGCACCAUCUCCAUGCCCACCCCUGUGUAUGGGUCCACCAAUUGA